AUGAAUGGUAGAUUUCAUUCUCUUGCAAUGGGCGUCGGUGUAGAUUCGAAGCAAAUCGAGAAAGUUAGUUAUAGAGUUGUGGCAGAACCGCCAUCUCAUAUUAAAUUGGGCAAUAAUGAGCAAUUUGUCUAUAUAAAGCACAAACAAUUUCAUAAAGCAGAAGGUGUUGCAGGAAUUUUGAGCCAUCCAAAAUCAAUGCAAUAUGAUAGUUUACAAGAUAGAUUAAAGCAUGAAGACCAAUUUGCGUUACCACAACAUCGUUUGGUUUUAUUAGUUCAUGGACAUCAAGCUCAUAAGAAUAGUAAUUACCAGCCUAUUUUAGCUUCUAGAUUAACUGAUUUAGGGUUUUAUGCAUUAAGAAUUGAUUUUAGAGGUUUAGGAGAUUCUGAAGAUAGUAAAGAUAGUAAGAUUGGUAGAACAGUUGUACAAGAUACUGAAGAUAUCGAAACAAUUUGUGAAUUAGUGUCAGAUGAAAAUCUAUCGAAUGAAUUAUUCGGAUUACCAGUUACUUUAGAUGCUAUAGUUGCACAUUCAAGAGGUGUUAUCGCAAUGCUUGAAUUUUGCAGAAGACAUCCAGAAAGGUACAUCCCCAAUUUAAUUAAUUGUUCUGGUAGAUACGACGGUAAGGGAAUAAUACAAAAGAGACUCAAAUAUUCACCAAAUUGGAAAAAAGAUGGUGGAUUUUAUUGCGAUUUACCACGCCAUGGUGGUGUUUCUAAAGUUUGGAUUCCUCAUUCUGAAACUCUAAGUGCUGUUGAAUGUCCUUCACAUGCAUUCGGUUCUAUAAAUCAAAUGACAUCUAUAAUGUCAUGCUAUGGUACAUGUGAAGAAAUUAUACCGUUAAGCGCCGUUGCCAGUUAUUCCAAUAUGUUCCAAGGUAGGCAUCAUUUAGAAAUGAUUAGAGGUGCGACUCACAAUUUUUAUGGUUUACCUAGUGAUCCUAAUGCAAUGAACUUACCAUUACGUAAUGGAUUGGUUAAUUAUUGUUAUGUGGUUGCUGAUAGAGUUAUCGAAUACUUAUCAAAUGAAAAUCAAUUACAAAGAUUUUUUGAAAAGACUCAAUAUAUUAAGAAUGCAACUUUAAAUCCUGCAGAAAUUUUACCACGUUGGCCAUUACCGCAUAGUUUUUCCCACGUAUCAAAUUUUAGAGAUUUGGGUGGUUACGAAACCGUUUUUCAAAAGAGAAGAGUUAAAUCUGGUUGUUUUUACAGAUGUGCAAACAUUUGUGAUAUUACACCCCAGGCAUUAAAAUAUCUACAGACUAGAUUAGGUGUGGUGAAAAUUUUUGAUUUAAGAGCUCCUGAUGAAGCAAAAGAAAAUGGAUUACUACCGAACGAAGAACUUGUGCAUUCUUUACCAUUUAAUCGGGGUAUGAGUGUUUCACCCGAAAUGCUAGCUGAAAAGCAUAAAGGACUCUUAAUUUCAUCUUACAGUUUCCCCAAGGGUUAUAUGAUGAUUUUGAAAAAUUCUAUUGAUGAAAUUAGGAUUUUUUUCCAAUUCUUGCUCAAUAUGACCUCAGGCGAAGCUGUAGUUUUUCAUUGUACUGCAGGUAAAGAUCGUACUGGAAUCUUGGGUAUGCUUUUACUUUUAAUUCUAGGCGUAGAUGAAGAUACCAUUUCAAGAGAAUAUGAAUUGACAACAUUGGGAUUAAAGACAGAAACAAAAUUGAUUAAAAAAUUGGAAGCAAGAGGUGAUUUGUACUAUAGUAUGUUGGGCUCCAAUUCUGAAGAACUGGUUAAACAGUACAAAUUAACACCCAAAAAGAUGUGCCAGAACUUGUUAUCAUCACGCUAUGAGUCAAUGAGAUUUUUUAUCGAUGAUUUCUUUGAAGAGUACAAAAGUAUCGAUAAUUUCUUUCUUUACGAAUUGGAAUUUACCACUCAAGAUAUCGGCAAAUUAAGAGAUUUUUACUUGGAAGAGUAG